AUGUCAACUCAUUCAUAGUUAACUUUUAAAUUAAUGCUCAUCGGAUCAUCUGGGUAACUUUAUUUGAUAAUUUUUAUUCAGCGUUGGCAAAACAUCUAUAAUAUAACAAUAUAUUGAUUCUAAAUUUUUUUAAGACCCAUAUCUCACAGUAACAAUAGAAUAUUUUAAAAAAAUUGUAAAGAUUAAUGAUCAAAAUGUCUCUCUUGAAGUAAUAAUUAAAUUUAACUUUAGAUUUGGGAUACUUCAGGUCAUGAAAAAUUUUAACCUUUAAUAUCCCCUUAUUAUAGAAAAGCAAAUUGCUAUAUCAUAGUUAUUGAAAGUAGAGAUACUAAGCCGAUAAAAACAUUGGAUUAUUGGGUUUAAUAAAUCAAAACAGAUGAUCCAGAAAAUUUUCCUAUAUUUGUCAUAUUAAAUGACUUUAAAGAAAAUGAUAAAAUAAUCAAAAGUUAUCUUGUUGAGUAAUGGUGCAAAUAUAAUAGAAUUAAAUAAUUUUUUUAGGUAUCAGCCAAAGACAAUUUAAUUAUUAAAGAAACAUUUUUAGAGAUAACAAAGAUCUUAUUAAAAUAAAAAUAAAAUAUUAAGAAUAAGGAUAAGUAGAUAAUUGAUCAAAGUCUUUAUUUUUCUAAAAUAAUAUCAUCUGAAAACACAGUUAUUAAAUAAUAAUUAAAAUGCAAUAUGUAGGAAAAGAUUGACUCAAUUUAAUGUUACAAAUAACAUGAUAGUCCUCCAAGCAUAGUACUGCUUGAUAAUAAUCUUAAAGGAGUCUAAAGAUUAAUCUGUUCAUAAUGCAUAAAUGAUUUAAAAGGACGAUUUAAUGGUAUUAAUAUUAAUGAAGCAAUAUAAACUAUUUAAGAACGUAAAAAUAAUAUCCUUAAUAUAAUUUCUGAUUCUAGCUAAAGAAUUCUAAGUAUUUUAAAUAAUUAUCUUGGAGAAAUUAUAAAAAAUAAGACUUAAAUUUUAUAAACUAUGGAUUAAAUGAUAAGUUAAGUUACAAUUUGGAUGGAUGAGAUAUAAUAAUUAGAAUUUAAAUAAUGCUCUUACAAUUUUUUUGAUGAAAUAGAUUAAUUAAAUUAAUCUAUUGAUGAAAUAAGAAAUAAAUAAAUUGAUAAAUUUAAAAGAGUUUUUUAAACUAUAAACUAAUCAUAUGAAAAAAAAAUCUAAUUUACAAAAAAUUAAUUGUAAGAGUCUUUGCUUAAUGCUUAAAAUACUUUAAUGUUAGAUAGAAUUUUUUCUCGUGUUUUUUUUAACCGAUUGAAUUUACAAUUAAAAUCUGAUUAUGCAGAAAAAAAACCAUAUAACUAGAUUUAAUACAAGUUAGUUUAAGAAUAUAAAUAAAAUGAAUGGUGUCAUGCAUUAGCAUUCAAUAAUAAUAAAUCUAUUAUGGUUAGUAGUUUAAACAACAAUAUUAAAAUAUGGAAUUUUUAAUAAGGAUAAUUAAUUGAUACAAAUAUAAUCUUAGAUGGUCAUGAAAAGUUAAUAAAAUGUAUAGUUUUUAGUAAGAAAUAUAAUUGGUUUUUCUCUGGAAGUGAGGAUAAUACAAUUAGAAGCUGGAAAGAAAAAUAGGGUUGGUUUUCUUCAAUAAAAUGGGAGAGUAGCAAAGCUAACAAAACACAUUCAAAUUGGGUAAUCUAAUUAAUUUUAAACUCAUAAGAGGAUGAAUUGAUAUCUUGUAGUAUUGAUAAGACAAUUAAAAUCUGGAGAAUUUCAUAUGAUCAAAAUUAAAUUAGAUUGUUUGAUUCUCUUGAGAAACAUUAACAAUAAGUAUUAUCAAUAAGUUUAAAUGAAUCUGAAUAAUAAUUAAUUUCUUAGGGUGAAGACUAAUAAGUUAUUUUGUGGGAAAAGAACUAAAAAUUAAAAUGGCAAUUUAAAAAUAUUAUCCUCUUAUCGAUUUAAGAAAUAAAUAGAGGUGCUAGAUUCCUUAUGGAUAAUUAAAUAAUAUGUAAAACAUCUUAAGGAUAGCUAGAAGGCUAUAAAUUAAUACAGGAUUAAUACUAAAGGUAGUAAGUAUUUAAUUUUGAAGCUUAAAAUCUUGAUGAGAAGCCAUAAUAAGAAUUUUAAAUUAUUUUUAAUAUUCCAACUUAAUUAAUAGUAAUAAAGCAUCAUAAAUAUUUUUAUUUUUUCAGAAAUAACUUAGAGGAUUGUAAAUUUUAAUAAGUUUUUUAACCUUUAGAAUGCCAUUAUGAAGUUUGUUGUUUUAAUAUUACAAAUGAUGGAAAAUAUUUUGUUGUUUGGAUCUGUUAACCUUUACUAAGAUUUAGAAUUUUUGAAUUAACAUAUCUUAACAUGUAGUGA